ACGAAGCCAUUCAUCUCACAAGCCUCAUCCCCAUUUCGUUGUUCCCUUCCCAGCAUCCACCCCAAGUGUUGGAUCUUCUCCAGAAAUGGCCACCUACGUUGGAGGAGUCAAUACCGAGGAGAACAGUCACACUGUUCUAAGCACAUUACCCAAGGAGCUGCCGUUAGACUUUUUGAGGACUAUCACAGAUCAGUUCGCAGACAAGUGUAUUCUUGGUACAGGUGCAUUUGGAACGGUUUAUACGGGAGUUAUGCCAGAUAACCAAAGGAUUGCUGUGAAGAAACUUGCGGAGAGUGCGCCGGUUGCACGCGACAAAGCAUUUACCAAUGAGGUUCAAAAUAUCAUGGCUCUCCGCCAUAAGAAUGUGGUAAAGUUGGUUGGGUACUGCCAUGAAGGACAAAAGAAAGUUGUUCAAAACAAUGGAAGAUAUAUUGUUGCAGAUGUUUAUGAAAGUCUACUCUGCUAUGAAUAUUUACCUGUGGGAAGCCUUCAGAAGAACCUCUUUGACAAACCCAUCAACAUGGCUUGGGACACGCGUUUCAAAAUAAUUAAGGGGAUCUGCGAUGGUUUACUUUUUCUUCAUAGAAUUCCUAUUAUCCAUAUGGAUUUGAAGCCUCAAAAUAUAUUGUUGGAUGAUAACAUGACACCGAAAAUCGCGGAUUUUGGACUUUCCAGGCUAUUUGGCCAAGAACAAACACGGGCGAACACACAGAAUGUUGUGGGAUCAUACGGAUACAUAGCUCCAGAAUACCUAUACAGAGGUGAAAUCUCCACUCAGUCAGACAUAUACAGCUUAGGCCUAUUAAUCAUCGAGACUACCACUGGCGAGAAGAACACCCCCAAACAGAACGAACCGUCAGCAAGGGAAUUUAUUGAAAGAGUACGUCAAAAUUGGACACAAGGGCACAUAGCGUCCAUAUACCAGUUAAAUCCAAAUGGCCUCCAGGAAGUAAAACUAUGCAUUGAAAUUGGUCUGGAGUGUGUGCACAUCGAGCGGAAGGGUAGACCUUCCAUCGAAAGCAUUGUUGACAGGCUCUAUGGACGCUGUGCAAACCAGGACCCCACCACUUCCAUGCGAGCAUGAAACUAGGAUCUUCUAUCAACGAAAACUAAAGAAGGGCAACAUGGAAAGAAAAGAUCUUGUGAUGUUAUUACUAUAAUGAAUUUAGGUCUGAAAUAAUAAGUUGUGUUGUCAUGUCAUCAUGUAACUUGUUAAACUUAUUAUGGUAACUGCUAUUCCAUUACUCCUUUCCUUUCAGUUUAUAAGUCCGGCACGUGUAUCUAGAUCAUCAGUUUGACCAACUUAAUGAGAUGCAUAUAUUAUGAAAAAUAUAUCAUUAGAAAUUUUAGAUGUUCUAUUUUCUAAUGAUAUAAUUUUCAUGUUAAACAAUAUAUUUUAUAUAAAUCAAAUUGACGAUCUAGGUACACGCGCAUGCCUUAUAAACUGUGACGGAGGGAGUAUCUCUUGUAGUUCAUGGUUUUAUACUCCAAUGUAAUGUUGUUGUUUUUUGUUCAGUGCGGGUUGAAAUUUCUUGAUGCAA